AAUAAGUUGACUUUCGUAGCGGAAGCCUUUCUGGACGCUUAGCCUUCAAAUUAGAUGAUCUUCAUCUCACCUUCGAUGAACUGCUGCGAUCGAUGAACUGCCGCCAUCGAUCAACUGCUGUGAUAUUCACAGACUAUCGCUCACAUGUUAUUUGCUACGAUCACAUAGUUUUAUCGUUCGCUUUUUGUUUGCGACAAUCAUCUUCACCUUCAUCUUCAUUUUAAAUUUCAGGUGUCGCAGACAUGGAUAAUAAUAUUCUUGUCAUGGUUAAAGUUGAUGGAUACUGGAAUCCUGAUAAUGUGUUUCAUAAUAAACACACGCUUGGUGUUUCUGUUUUGUUUGGUUCUUCCUAUAAUGAUUUCUGUGAUAAUUUGAUACAUAACAUUUUCAAGGGAAGGAUCGAUAAAGAUUUUAGGAUAUCUUACAUUGUUGAGUCAUGUCCUCCCCCUGUUUUUAUAGAUGAUGAUACAAGCCUUACUUUUUAUCUAACUUUGAAAACCUUACAUCCAUCUUUUUCCCAGUUUCCAACUUGUGUUGAGUUCAUUGCACAUCAAGUUCCUUCAAAAUGUCAUACUUCUCAUAAUAUUUCUAUCCUCAUACCUUCAGAAAGUAUAUCAUUUGAUUCACCAAGUGUUCCCUCUUCUUCUUCAGUUGAUUCUUUUUUGUCAACUGGUGUUUAUAAGGAUGUUAAAGUUUAUACGCACACUGAUCCUACCACUAUAGCAUUGUAUGCUAUAUACAAGAAUAAACAUGAUCUUAUAUAUCACUUGAAGUUGUAUGCCAUUGAGAACAACUUUCAGUAUGUGACUAAAACUUCAAGAAAAGAAAGUUUACAUGUUUUUUGUCCUGAUGAGAAAUGUGAGUGGGCUGUUCGUGGUGUUCGUCUUCCUGAUGUGGACUUCUUUCAGAUUCGCAGAUUUGAUUCAACUCAUUCUUGUUCAGUGGAUUUCAGAGAGGGUGAUCACAAGCAGGCCACUUAUGACAUUGUUGCAGGCAUGGUUAUUCAUCGUUACUCCAAUGCUUCUAAGAAACCCUAUCCGCCAAAUGACAUAAUUGACGACAUCCGUAGAGAAUUUGGCAUCUCUUUGUCUUACCGUAAAGCUUUGGCAGUUAAGCGACAUUCAAUGAAGCUUCUCUUUGGAUCUGAUGAAGAGUCAUAUCAAUUAUUACCUUCCAUGUGCCAUGUCAUUGGAAAAGCUAAUCCACAAUCUGUCAUAACUCUUGUUCGUCAUGCUGAUUCUGUUUUCAAGUACAUGUUCAUGUCAUUGUCUGCAUGGAGGGAAGCUUGGGAUCACUGUAUUCCUGUCCUAACAGUUGAUGGUACUUUUAUGAAGGGCUAUUUCAAAGGGACUUUGCUCACUGCCUGUACCAGGGAUGCCAACCGUCAGCUUGUUCCAUUAGCUUUUGGGAUAUGUGAUUCAGAAAACAAGGAUUCCUGGAAAUGGUUCUUUUCACAGUUGAAACUGGCUUUAUCUUAUAGACACAAUUUAUAUAUUGUUUCUGACAGGAAUGCUGGAAUUAUUAAAUCUGUUAAAGAUGUCUUUCCUUCAGCUGGACAUGGUUAUUGUGUUCGCCAUUUAGCUGGUAACAUUCGGUCACAGUUUAAGGGUUCUGCUGAUGGUAAAGAGUGGAAGUUUAAUGCUGCAGCACGAGCUUCUACUUACAAGGAGUAUCAAGAAUAUAUGACUUUGUUGGAUUUGGAGGAUCCUCGUAUAAGAGCAUAUUUAGAUAAGAUUGGAAGUGAUAAGUGGGCAAGGUGCAUGAGUGGUCCGUAUAGAUAUAAUAUCAUGACUUCUAACUGGGCUGAGUCCGUGAAUAAUGUCAACAUUUGUGCUCAAGAGUAUCCAGUAGCAAAAUUAAUUGAUUUUAUUCGUGAACGAAUGCAAAAAUGGUUUACAGAGUGUCGUGAUUUAGCACAUUCAACUACAACUAUUCUGCCUAAAGAGCGUGAACAUGAGCUUAUAGUUCUGCAACGUGAAGCAUUUCGUAUGCAGGUUGUUGAUAGGCGCUGUCGAUCUUUUGUUGUUGAUUUGAAGAAAAAAAUUUGCACAUGCUGUGCAUUUCAAUUGGAUCAAUUUGUGUGUGUACAUGCUGUAGCAGCGAUUUCCAAAGCACCAAACAUGUCAUGUUAUGAUUUCAUUUCGCCUUUUUAUAAACGUGACGCGUUGUGUGCUACUUACAAUGGGAUUGUUCAUCCAAUUUGUGAUGUUGCUGCAUGGAAUGUCCCUGCUGAUGUUCAAAGUAUGAUCUGCAAACCACCUAAGUGUGAAAAGAAGCCAGCUGGAAGGCCAAAGAAGAAGAGGAUACCAUCUGUUGGAGAGUUUCCUACAUUUAAAAAAUCAAAAAAACAGAGAUGUUCACGUUGUACUGGUGUUGGGCAUAAUCAGAAGACUUGUAAAAAUCCAAUUCCCCAUGUUUAAAAAAACAAAAAAAACAGAGAUGUUAAAGUUGUACUGGUGUUUUUGCACUUUAGCAGUACAUUUUUACUGCUAAAUACUAUUGGUGUAUUUGACAUUCUUAUAUUUAGAAUGACACUUUUAAAUGUAAUUUCUGAAAUUUAGAUUGAGAUGUUCA